AUGUCUGAACGUUACAUCCCCGAGCAUCGCAGAACUCAGUUCAAGGCGAAGAACACAUUCAAGCCCGAGGAGCUUCGUCGCCGCCGUGAGGAGCAGCAGGUUGAGAUCCGCAAGGCGAAGCGCGAGGAGAACUUGGCCAAGCGCCGUGGCAUUGGCACUGGUGCAGACCGUCCUGGGGCGUCUCUCGGUGCUGCCCCCGACAGUGACGAUGAGAACCCUCCCAGCGAGUCUCAGGUAUGUUUACGACGGUAUUCCAUGCGAGGCGCUGUUGCUUCCCGCUGCAUCGCGUCCUCUGCCCUACCCCAAGGUGUCGAUUUUGCGCUCCAGCAUCAUCCUCUCAUUUCCACCCCACUUCUCAACGAGGACCUCCCUCAGAUGGUGGCUGGCGUCUUCUCGGAACAGAUUGACGCUCAGAUCCAGGCCACCACCAAGUUCCGCAAACUGCUCAGCAAGGAGCGCAACCCCCCAAUCGAAGAGGUCAUCAAGACUGGCGUUGUGAGCCGCUUCGUCGAGUUCCUCCGCUCUCCCCACACUCUUGUCCAGUUCGAGGCCGCCUGGGCUCUUACCAAUAUUGCCUCGGGCUCUGCUGCGCAGACCCAGGUUGUUAUCGAGGCCGGUGCCGUUCCCAUCUUCGUCGAGCUCCUGGGCAGUCCCGAACCCGAUGUCCGCGAGCAGGCCGUGUGGGCUUUGGGCAACAUUGCCGGUGAUAGUCCCAGCUGCCGUGAUUUCGUCCUGGCCCAGGGUGCCCUCCGUCCUCUCCUUGCUCUUCUCGGUGACAGCCGCAAGCUUUCCAUGCUCAGAAAUGCCACCUGGACCUUGAGCAACUUUUGCCGCGGCAAGGCUCCCCAGCCCGACUGGGCUACCAUUGCCCCCGCCCUUCCAGUUCUCGCCAAGCUGGUCUAUUCUCUGGAUGACGAGGUCUUGAUCGACGCGUGCUGGGCUAUCUCUUAUCUCUCCGACGGUGCCAAUGACAAGAUCCAAGCCGUCAUUGAGGCUGGCAUCCCCCGCCGUCUUGUGGAGCUCCUCAUGCACGCCUCGACCUCUGUUCAGACCCCAGCACUUCGCUCCGUCGGCAACAUAGUCACCGGCGACGACGUUCAGACCCAGGUCAUCAUCAACUGCGGCGCUUUGCCCUGCCUUUUGUCUCUGUUGAGCUCCAACAAGGACGGCAUUCGCAAGGAGGCCUGCUGGACCAUCUCCAACAUCACGGCCGGCAACUCGGCUCAGAUCCAGUCGGUUAUUGACGCCAACAUCAUUCCUCCUUUGAUUCAUCUGCUCUCCAACGGCGAUCUCAAGACGCGUAAGGAGGCCUGCUGGGCAAUCAGCAACGCCACGUCGGGUGGUCUGCAGAAGCCCGAGCAGAUCCGCUACUUGGUUCAACAAGGCUGCAUCAAGCCCCUCUGCGAUCUCCUCGCCUGCCCGGAUAACAAAAUCAUCCAGGUCGCCCUCGAUGGUUUGGAGAACAUCCUCAAGGUCGGUGAUCUUGACAAGCAGGCUGCCGGCGACGGACCCGAGUCGAUCAACAGAUUUGCUCUGUUUAUCGAGGAGUGCGGCGGUAUGGAAAAGAUCCACGACUGCCAGACCAACGCCAACGAGGAGAUUUACAUGAAGGCGUACAACAUCAUCGAGAAGUACUUCUCGGACGAGGAAGAGAACGCGGAUGAGUCUAUGGGCCAGCCUCAGCAGUUUGGCUUCGGUGCGAACGGUGCCCAGCAGGGCGGCCAGGGCGGCUUUAACUUCGGCGCCAAUGGCACCGAGUCGAUGGAUAUGUAA